AAGAUGUAGUCACGCGAGAUACCACGCCAAGAUGUCGUCUACAGUGAAUCUCAUCGUCUCCAUCUGUCUGCUCAUUUCCCCCUGUCUCUGUAAACAAUGUGUCGGCAACGGCCCCUGCUCAUGCGACUUCGACGACGGCAGUGGCACCGUGGACUUCACCAGCAUCGGGAACGAAGUCGGAAGCGCUAGAUUUGAAGGGGUUCCAUCGUCUUCCGACUCCUUCCUGUACAACUACAACCCCUGCUUCGCCUUCGACACUGGCUCCUGCACCAACGUCGCCGUAUGUCAGACAACCCCUGAGCUUACCGAGUUCUACAACUUGGGCGGACAGGAUUCAGCGACGUGGUCGUACGACGGCAGCAACAUACAGGUGUACUACAGCGCCACAACAGAAAUCUUCAGGGAAACCUUCGUGACAGCUAUAUGUGACCCCGACCUGGAAGAACCCAUCGUGACGGUUCAGGGGGAGACUUCUCCUCAGCAGUAUCAUCUGGAGUUAAGAAGCCAGUGCGCAUGUGCAGGCGGAUGUUCCGCCUUGGGUCCGCCCGACGAAGGGCUAAGCGGAGGCACGAUUCUACUGAUUUUGGUGAUCGUGUUCGGGUUCAUCUACCUAGUCGCUGGGAUGACCUUUAACCGUUACCGUGGGGGCAAGGAGGGGGUGGAGAUGCUACCGAACAGGGGGUUCUGGUCGGCCCUACCUGGACUGGUUAAGGACGGAGCCUUGUUUACCAUCGGCUGUAUCAAACAACGCGGCAGCACUUACGACAAAUUGUAGGAAGAGGUUCAUCCUGUGUCAUCGUUCAUCACGUGACAGUACCACCUUCAAUCACGUGACACUACCACCUUUCAUCACGUGACAGUACCACCUUCAAUCUCGUGACAGUACCACUUUUCAUCACGUGACUGUACCACAUAUCAUCCCAUGAGACUACCACUUUUUUAUCACGUGACAAAUCGCAAGAGAAAACCUUUUUACCGAAAUAACGUGGAAUCAGCGAUUAUUCAAAACGUUCAUAUGUGAAGUGAUCGCCAGAUCCAAAAUGUCCAAGAUGUCGAAUGGCUUCCUUCCGAGUAUCGACGAUUUGGAUUGCUUUGGAGUGCAUCAGUUUAUGUGAAUUUUACAAUUUUAUUCUGUCUAUAUCAAAAUAUAACCAACAUUUUAAA